AUGAGACAACAAGACUUUGUCAGAAGAGCUGGUGAGAACUCACACCCAAGCCUGCUCUGGAGCAGACCAUAUCCUUUGAAUCACAAUGGUUCAGUCACAUCUGAUAAUGGACUCUCAGAGCAACUCUUGGAAACAGAGGAGACAAAUGCAGUGGAAACAGGUACAACCUCUGACAACAAUGAUGCACUAGAAAGCCAGCCAGCAAAUGAACAACGUGCCCAAGAGCUUGAUCCAGCAGUGAUCGGCUCUGAGGACUCCACAGAACGUAGAAAUAGAGAAGAGCCCCCUGAAGCCCAGGCACGGAAUUUCGGCCCUAUAGAUCCAGCGAACAUAAAGAAGGAAAAGACUUCUUUGACUGCAGGAGUCGACUGGGAAGCCCAAGGAAGGACUGACUGUAACCAACCAUCUGCAAUAAUAGUGAUCGGCUCUGAGGACUCCACAGAACAUAGAAAUAGAGAAGAGACCCCUGAAGCCUCCAUGUCAGCAGAGAAAAGGCCCGCUCCUGCAGAUCUUGGAAAACCCCCUACCUUACAAAAAGCCAAGAGAAGAAGAAGGGCAAGACAGUACCCAGAUGUGCCUGUGGAUUUUAAAGAUGAAAUACUUCCUGUGACCUGUAGGGAGGUGGAGGGGAACUUAAUUAAGAGAAAAUUGGAACGAGGAGUCACAGUGAAGUGUAUAAGAAGUGAAGAUGGAAACUGGUUCACUCCCAGAGAAUUUGAAGAAAAAGGGGACCUUGCGAAAGCAAGCAACUGGAAGACCAGCCUGAUGUGCGGUGGGAAAACCCUUAAAUGGCUGAUGGAGAAUGGAAAAUUACCUAAACCUCAAACAACAUGUGGCAGGAACAAAAAGGGAGGAAACCCAAACAAAUGCAAGAUCUGCCAGGAUGGAGGGAAGCUCUUCCGCUGUGAAAAAUGUCGGAGCUUCUUUCAUGGAGACUGUCACCUCCCACCUGUGGACACUAAAGGGAUCAGUUUGAUGUGUACCAUCUGUACAAUUGAAAAUUCUUCAAGAAGUCAACAGCGUUACAAAGAAUCUGAUGUCCUGGUGAAGCCGAUGGGGCCUGAGGAGAAGCUGAAAUGUGACUUCCUCCUCUUAAGAGUCUAUCAACAUUUAGAGACCAUCGUUUUCCAAAACAUUCCACAUGAAAAUUAUGUUAAGGAGGCUUCUCAAUGCCUAGAGAGACUUAGGAAGUUGGAUGAUAUCAAGAGCCAUCUCACUAACAAAACGUAUUCUGAAGUGAAUGGUUUUGUGCAAGCCAUGAACAAUUUCUUUACUGUCCCUGAGUGCAAUGACUCAGACUUAACUAAGAAAGAAUUUGAGAAGAAUUUCAAAAAGAUCUUUGCUAUUCAGGAAACAAACUUGAGCAAUUCGCUGGUGUAGUGGAUGCUGUUGCUACCCUGAAAAUCGCACUAUCAGGCAGAUUUCUUAUCCCCCUGUUGCUGUGAGGGCUUGCUGCUGUAGCCACCUCUCCCCAAUGUACUGCUUUGGGCUAAAUGGAGUCAGGUUCACCUGAGCAUUACAUCACUUUGGCCUGGGGGUUGGUUCCCUCCUAAACGUUGAACCAACCAAGUGGAGUGAUUUGUGUUCCUGUACUCUACAAAUCAGGAUAGAGCCAUUGUCCAGCUAUGAGUAUGCCCUUGUUUAGCUCUCCCCACCGCAGUAUCCCG